AUGACCAAGGGUACUUCGAGCUUCGGAAAGCGCCACAACAAGACGCACACUCUGUGCCGUCGUUGUGGCAAGCGGUCCUUCCACAUCCAGAAGUCUACCUGCUCCAACUGCGGCUACCCUGCUGCUAAGACCCGCAAGUUCAACUGGUCUGAGAAGGCCAAGCGCCGCAAGACCACCGGCUCCGGCCGCCUGCGCUCCCUCCGCGACGUCCACCGCCGCUUCACGAACGGCUUCCAGACCGGUACCCCCAAGGGCGCCCGUGGCCCCCAGCAGAGCUCCUAA